AUGUGGACCUUUCUGGGCAUUGCCACUUUCACCUAUUUCUAUAAGAAGUGCGGGGACUUCAUCACCUUGGCCAACAAGGAGCUCUUGCUCUGCGUGCUGGUGUUCCUGUCGCUGGGCCUGGUGCUUUCCUACCGCUGUCGCUACCGAAAUGGGGGCCUCCUCGGGCGACAGCAGAGCCAGUCCCAUUUCGCAGCCUUCUCGGAUAUUCUGUCAGCAUUGCCCUUCAUUGGCGUCUUCUGGGCCAAACCCCCCGCUGGAUCCGAAAAGAAAGAGCAGCCAGAGUCUAGGAGGCGUAAAAAAGGAGUGAAUAUUUCAGAAACAACCUUAACAGGAGCAGCAAUAACUUCUCAAAAUGAUCCUGAAAUUAUCAUCGUGGGAUCUGGCGUACUUGGCUCUGCUUUGGCAGCAGUGCUUUCCAGAGAUGGAAGAAAGGUGACAGUAAUUGAGAGAGAUUUAAAAGAGCCUGACAGGAUAAUUGGAGAAUUUCUGCAGCCAGGUGGCUAUCAAGUCCUUAAAGACCUUGGUCUUCAAGAUACAGUGGGAGGCCUUGAUGCCCAGGUUGUAAACGGCUACGUAAUUCAUGAUCAAGAAAGCAAAUCAGAAGUUGAAAUUCCCUUCCCUCUGUCAGAAAACAACCAAGUGCUGAGUGGAAGAGCUUUCCAUCACGGAAGAUUCAUCAUGAGUCUCCGGAAAGCAGCUAUGGCUGAACCCAAUGCAAAGUUUAUUGAAGGCAUUGUACUCCAGUUACUAGAGGAAGAUGAUGUUGUGAUGGGAGUUCAGUACAGGGAUAAAGAAACUGGAGCCAUCAAGGAACUCCAUGCUCCAUUGACUGUUGUUGCAGAUGGGCUUUUCUCCAAGUUCAGGAAAAACCUGAUCUCCAAUCAAGUUUCUGUUUCAUCUCAUUUUGUUGGUUUUCUUAUGAAGAAUGCACCACAAUUUAAAGCAAAUCAUGCUGAGCUUGUCUUGGCUAAUCCAAGUCCAGUUCUCAUCUAUCAGAUUUCAUCCAGUGAAACCCGAGUACUUGUGGACAUUCGAGGAGAAAUGCCAAGGAAUUUAAGAGAAUACAUAACUGAAAAAAUCUAUCCACAAAUUCCUGAUCACCUCAAAGAACCAUUCCUAGAAGCCAUUCAGAAUUCUCGAUUGAGGGUCAUGCCAGCCAGCUUCCUUCCUUCUUCACCAGUCAACAAACGAGGUGUUCUUCUUUUGGGAGAUGCAUAUAAUAUGAGGCAUCCUCUUACUGGUGGAGGAAUGACUGUUGUUUUUAACGAUAUAAAACUAUGGAGGAAACUGCUAAAGGGCAUCCCUGAUCUUUAUGACGAUGCAGCUAUUCUCCAGGCCAAAAAAUCAUUCUAUUGGACAAGAAAAAAGUCUCAUUCCUUUGUUGUCAAUAUCCUUGCCCAGGCUCUUUAUGAAUUAUUUUCUGGCACAGAUGAUUCCCUGCAUCAGCUAAGAAAAGCCUGUUUUUUUUAUUUCAAACUUGGUGGAGAAUGUGUUGCUGGUCCUGUUGGGCUGCUUUCUGUAUUGUCUCCUAACCCACUAAUCUUAAUUGGACACUUCUUUGCUGUUGCAGUCUAUGCCAUAUAUUUUUGCUUUAAAGCAGAACCUUGGAUUUCAAAACCCCGAGCCUUUUUUAGUAGUGGUGCUGUUUUGUACAAAGCCUGUUGUGUAAUAGUUCCUCUUAUUUACUCAGAAAUGAAGUACUUGGUUCGUGAGGCUUAAAGGAGAGCCAUUUGUGAAUGAAUAUUUGGAACUCACCAAGUCUUAAGAGACUUUUGGAAGUGGAUGUAUAUAGCGUAUACUAUAUUCCUUCUAAAGUGAAACUCUUGGAUCAAGAUUAGAAUUUGUUUUUGAAGUUAUUUGUAUAUAAACAUGUAAAUAUAUCCUUUAAUUUGCAACUUAAAAUGAAGGGUAAAAUAAGUUAGAUAUUUAAAAGAAAUGACUGUUACCAUAAAUUAGCACGAAUACUAAGGAAUUAGUUUUUCUUCUGCAUUCACUAUUUGGGACGCGUCAUUAUGGGACAUGCAAAUAAAACGCAGAGCGAACUCA